CUGGCUGUCUUGUGGGGCGGGCAAUGGCGGCGCUCUCUCCUGCCCCCCGGGCCGCCAUGGCCGCGCUGACCCCCGCUCCUCCCGGGCCCCGCCGCUCCGCUAACGCGCGGCCUUUCCCCUUCUAGGUGCUGCUGCUGCUGCGAGACGGUGGGGCGAGCAUGGGACCGGCAGAGCUGGUGCAGAAGAUCAACAUCAGCGCCGAGCCUCCCCGCGGGAGCGAGGGGAACGGCAGCGGCUCGGUGCUGGCCGGCGCUGACGGGGCCGCCCCSGGCAGUUGGAGACACAAGUGUGCGGCCUAUGUGCUGGCGCUCCGGCCCUGGAGCUUCAGUGCCUCGCUCACCCCUGUGGCGCUGGGCAGCGCGCUGGCGUACCGGGCCGAGGGAGCGCUCGACCCGGGGCUGCUGCUGGGAAGCGCCGUGACCGUCCUGGCUGUGCACGGGGCCGGCAAUUUGGUGAAUACCUACUAUGACUUUUCCAAAGGCAUCGAUCACAAGAAGAGUGAUGACAGGACAUUGGUGGACCAGAUUUUGGAGCCGCAGGAUGUAGUCCGGUUUGGAGUCUUUCUCUACACUGUGGGAUGUAUCUGUGCUGCUGGGCUCUAUGCUGUCUCCACGCUCAAGCUGGAGCACCUGGCCCUUAUUUACUUUGGAGGACUUUCCAGCUCCUUCCUUUAUACCGGAGGAAUUGGAUUUAAAUACGUUGCKCUUGGCGAUGUUGUGAUCCUGAUCACCUUUGGGCCCCUGGCUGUCAUGUUUGCCCACGCAGUGCAAGUUGGUUACCUGUCUGUGUCACCCCUGCUCUACGCUGUCCCUCUAGCCCUCAGUACUGAGGCCAUCCUGCACAGCAACAACACACGGGACAUGGAGUCAGACCGGCAGGCAGGAAUUGUCACCUUGGCCAUCCUCAUUGGCCCCACCUUCUCCUAUAUCCUCUACACCGUGCUGCUCUUUUUGCCCUACCUGAUCUUCUGUGUGCUGGCCACACGCUACACCAUCAGCAUGGCAUUGCCACUGCUCACCAUCCCAAUGGCAUUUUCACUGGAAAGACAGUUCCGGAGUCAGAGCUUCAACAAAAUUCCUCAGCGGACAGCCAAACUCAAUCUCCUGCUGGGGCUUUUCUAUGUUUUUGGCAUUACACUGGCACCAGCUGGUGCUCUGCCCAAACUAUAACAAGAGCUGUAGCUGUAGCUCAUAAUUCACUAUUCAUGCCAAUUAACAGUGGAUGUAAUGAGUAAAUGWCCCAUUAUGGACAGUGAGAAGAAUGGAAAGACCACCUUGCACUGUUGAUAGUGAAUGUGAUGUCUUGUAUAGCUUAUACAACAGACAAAAAAGUGGUUUGUCAGUUCUUCAAAAGGGAUGAACUAUAUAACUUUGCUUUGAGGAGCAAGGUGAUGAGAGGUCAAGGAAAUGUUUAAAGAACCUCAUCAUUCUGCCACCUAAUUUUUUCACUGUCGGUUCAAUGAAAGAGCCUCAAAUCACACUCUCCAUUCACUUCACAAGCACAAUGAUUGUUCUUAUCAUGGUGAAGGAGUCAUGAGUCAUGARUGGCUCCCAUAUGGGAAUCAGAAAAUACUGCCAAAUGUUUAGCAUCACAACAAUGUAGGUGCCAUUACUUCACUCUCUUGUAAGCGUAGUCUUCUGUAUGUUUGAUUUUUUUUGUUUUUCCUAGCCAAGUUUUGACCUUUUAUUUCCAAGCCCCCUGAAAUGCASUAGAUACUGAUUCAUGAAGUAUUGCUUCUUCUUGUUCCAUUUAGUCUAGAGAUUUCAAACAUUAAUUUCUGUGGGUUGUGGUGCUAAAAUGGAGCACGAUUAGCCCACUGCACAAACUUAGCCCAAAUCAGUAARUCUGUAUUCUGCUACAAAAGCAGAAGCUGUAAAUGCAAACCAUGCAACUGGGAAGCCCUCAAUGGGUAGAAAAACAARUGGUUUCCAAUUUUGUAUUUACUUAGAAUUUACUCUCUGAAAGGAGAGUUUUUGAGUUAAGGGGGAGCUGACAGACUGCCAGAUUUCUUUGGAUAGCUAUGGAUUAAUGGAUAUAUAGAUGGAAGAACAUAUUCUUGAUUUUAAAAAGUUUUUUUUUUUUUUUAAAAUUUGUUUUUCUCUGUUUUUUUAGAAGGCCACAGUAUUUCAGGAAAAUGUCUUAUAACAAGAAGCCAAGAUCAGCAAAGAAGCAAUGUAUAGUGUCAGAAAAAGCAAAUCUGGAUUAUCGCAUUGGCUCUACAUAAAAAUUAGAACUGGAAACAGGAAGAAAUCAAUUUUGUUAACAACAUUUUUCCUAAUGCAGUCCAGAGUUUGUGUCACUGAGUCACAAAUAAGUGAUCUCUGAAGGAAAGUUCCCCACUUCUUUUCCCUCUGCUAUACCUUACAGCAUUGCUUUGUUUUCUCCUGCCAGACUUGUCCCUUGCUGUUCMUGUGGUCCUUUGGAGAAUUGAUUGUUUUAGCAAUUACAUAGCUGUGUGAAAAACAUGCCAGACAUAAUGGGAAAAACAUGUGCCUUGCAGUGCAAAGAUGGAUUUGAUCUGAAUCAUUACUUAGUGGCAACUGAAUUUUAUUCUGUGUURUUUAGUACCAGUACACAGGUUUUGGUGAAAAGCUUGUUUGCAAGAGCUGUGGGAAACUCAGAGGAAUUGACAGCAGUGUUGAACUAGAGCUGCUGGUGCCAGGUCACAGCCUUGCUUUUGAACAGGUGGCUAUGUGUGAAAUACUGUAUGAAGGGCUUUUAUACACAAAGGAUAAACUAGCAAUAAACUCACAUGGUGUUAUCCUGCAUCUGUCAUGGGUAAGUUAUCUCUUGUGGUGUUCAUCUGAAAGAGCCAAGUGUCCCAUUAGUUGGUUGUACUGACACCAGUAAAGCUGAGUGGAUGCUACCAGAUUACAUGCAUGGUGCAGCUGUUAAGAGGCUUUAUACAGCUUCAUGUUAUCCAGUAUUACACCUGAACUGAAGUUAAUGGGAAGGAGUCUUUGCAGGCCUAUUUAAUGAACCAUAGUUUCAUCUUUUAUUUACUAAAAUGGGCAAAUGAUCUCUUAUCUGGCUAGGCACAGGACAAGAAGAGAUGGAUUUCAGCAAGGGCUUUCUACAGCAAAGUAUUGUUUAGAUUAAAAACAAAGGAUAAAAUGCAAAAGUUCAGCUCAGAUGGAUGGAGAGAGCUAUCCAGAAGGUUUUGGAAACUGUUUUCAAUACAGAUACACUCAACAGAGUUUCUACUGUUGCUUCUUUGUGAACCUGUAGAAUGAAGAAGAGCCUGGCUCCAAGAUCCAUUUCAUGUUCCUGCAAGCUAAAAGCUUUUGUAAGGAUAACAGCUGAGCUGACAGAUCUGUUAACCUUGCAAUUGGGGAUACGCAGAUUUAUUGGGUUAAUCCUGCCCUUUGUAGAAGCUGUGGGCUUCAUUUCAUGAUAGCUUGGUUUUGAAUAGCUUUCAGUUUCAAAGAAUGGUUAGUUAUCUUUUCUCUACUUUUUACAAAAACUUGAGUACUCCAGUUAAAUUCCUUAAAGUAACUUGGUUUGUAUCUUUGAUAGCUGUAAUUGUAAUGAUGGGAAGAUCAUUGGUGUCUUAGUUUGUAACUCUUACUGUAUCUUGUCUACCCUUUCCAGGGUAGGAURUCUACUUAGGACUGGAAAGGGCCAGUGCUUUUUGUUAUUAAGAGGAAACAGCUCACUAGUACAAAAGUACCAGUGUGGAACAAUUUCUGAGGUAGGGGGGAGUCAAAKUAUUUUAACAGUAAAAAUGAGAUGAAAAUUUGAUAAUUCCUUACUAGCAGAUGCUGGUUGCCUCAAAUUCCCUCUCUUUGAAAAACAGUUUAAUUCCAGGUUCUUAAGGAUAUUAGUAGUAACUAACACAUUCUUCACCGUGGCUUUCAGGAAGUUAUUUAACUUAUCUGUAUCUCAAAAACCAGCUAAUUUUUGCCUACCUCAUAGAGAUGCUGAGCUGAUAUCACUGUCAUAGAGAGCUUUGAAAGUAAAAUGUGCUUUAUUUCUGUGUGCUUUCCAAAAAGCUUGUUAGUACUAGAAAACACUUUAUAUAUGAACUAACGUAAAGGGUGACUUAACCCAUGUAAUUAGGCGACAAUAAUUUUCACAUAUAAUAAUUGAGUAGUAAGARAGGUUCAUUUAUUGGUUUGCUUUGUGAUGAAGAUGCUGGGUCUCUUCCCCUACCCCUCUUCUCUCUAUCCCAUGCUACUUUCCGUGAAUAUAAACUUCAGAAASUUCUUUCAGGUCUCUCUUGAUGAGAUAUAUUGCAGUUUGAUUAGUGUGCGUUGGUACAUGAACAGAUCUGUAGCCCAUYUGUAAACGUGUCCUAAAGCACCUCCUGGCCUUUCUUCUUACCCAAUAAACUGAAUGUUACUCUGUUAAUUAURGUAUGUUUGAUUGUUUCACAUUGCUCAGGUUGUAUUUUUGCAGAUGGAUUAAAACAUGGUCAUGAAAGAAAGAGGAUCUUUAUCUGCCAUAUUUAUAGUAUAAGUACCUGAAAAAUCAUACUUUUUUGUGUAGAAGUCCUUUUAUGAAUCACAUAGUCCUGUCCUUCCCUAUCACAAGAGAAAUAGUUCUGUAGCAGGGAUAAUCUCCUAUGGCAGACUUAGAAUAGUUCCGGUAUAUUCAUCAGUGUGCAGAAUUUUAUCUGAUGGAGAUUUCUGUCCAUGCACUGUUCUGCCUUUGUAAGGCGGUUCAGCUGAACUUCAGUAUCGUAUUUAAUAAUAAAUAUCUUUUCAUCCUUCCCAGUGUGUUCUGCCAGCUUUCCAGUGACGUGGUCACUGCUCCACAGAACUGUGACAGCAUAAURCCUCCCCCAUGUGUGUCAUAAAUGAGCCUAAAACAUGGUUUGUGAUUUUCCUGUCUUGGUCAGUGGUGCACUGUGCUCCAAACUGCAU